UUUGGUCACUUUCAAUUGUUCGUCGACAUCGACACCCGCUUGUGCCAUGAGCUGCUGCCCUCCCAACUCGCUUCCUGCGAACCCGACCACGAGCAAUGCGACCCCGAUCAAGGUUGGCAACACGGACGUCUUCUUCUACGACAACGCCGCGACGUCCACCCUCGUUCUCGUCUUCCCAGACGUGUUUGGCCCCGACUCUGGCCGGACCAAGGAGAACUGUGUCAACCUCAGCGCUCAUUACAAGGUUGCGCUUGUGGACUUGACGACAGACUACGUGGCUGACCUGUCGAAUGUGGGCGCAUGGAUCAAGGACCGUCCGUUUGAAGGCCUCGUCGGCAAGAUCGAAGACGUCGUCGCCCACUUCCAAACCAACCACGGCGUGACCAAGUUUGGUGCGUUGGGCUAUUGCUGGGGCGCAUGGGUUGUCGCCAAGUACAGUGCAUUCAAAUCGACCGUAUUGUCUGCUGGCAUUUCGUUCCACCCGUCUUGGGCCGCCGAGCAACUGUUCCAUGGCGAAGGCAGCGGCGCCAAGAUCGCCGAGUCGAUCACGGUGCCGCAGUUGAUUCUCGCUGCUGGCAACGACCCUGCGUGGCUCAAGCCUGGCGGUGAAGUCGAGAAGACGCUGGAGGCUCGAGGCAUUGCCCACAAACUCCGCGAGUUUCCCUCAGUGGCCCAUGGCUGGGUGAACCGCGGCGACUUGAACGACGCCACCACGGCGGAAGCGUUCCACGCUGCUUGGUUUGACGAAGCCCUUCCUUUUCUGCAACAACACUUGAAGUAGAGUGACGCAUUUGUAAAUGCAAUGUGAUUCCACCGCACAUGACUUCCUUGCGCUGUCGCGAUUCAGUCGGGGUGGGACUGAAAAUACUCGCGACUCCAAGCUAACAAGCUAACGAGCACAUCAAACGCGCGUGCUUGUGCCGUGCUGUCUUGGCAAUGUUUGCCAUCGUCUCAGCCACCUCGGGCGGGGUCGCGGUCCACAGUGACAUGUUGCUGGAUGAAUUCAGAGUGCUUGCCAUCUUGGUUCUCGUCAGGGUGGUGGCACGUGCCGAUGUGUUGGGUCCAUUCAUGUGGUUGACUUUGACAUGGCAUGGCUGACCGAGAAGGGAUUCCAGCGAAAAGCCAAGGCAGACACUAUGUACAGGUGCAAGUUGACGUCUGCGUUGGGUCCGUUGCCGACUCCAGCAUGAUCGAGCGCGCGUCCGCCAUCGUGACGCUGUGUCGGGCGAUGUCCUUGUUUGGCGCCAAUGUACGAUGAAAUAGAGGGGCCGUAGACUUCAUUUCGAUUCCAACACAUGCGACGCGUGUAAGCAAGGGUUCUCCCACGCGUCGGCCGUCGUAAAGCGCAUCCUA